AUGAAUGCGAACAAGGAGACGCGCAUCCAGUUCUUGAGUUCCAUCUUCGAGCAUGUCGUAAGCAGGUUCAAGGACAAGAUCGAUGCCGAGAGCUUUCGUCUGUUUGCCCCGUCCAAACUCGUGGGGCAGGAAGAAUGUCAUGUAUACAUGGACGACAAGAAGUACGACAUUAACGCAGGGACAGUGCAUGCUGUCCUAGCCAUGAAGGCUGCGGCAGGCUAG